AUGUUCGAGCGUUUGGACUUGGGAGAUGGUCGAACUGGUGUUCCUAUGGAUGCUGAUUUGGCAGCUGGUGACCCUGGUUUGAAUGCAAAUACAGUGGCAUUGCACCAUGUUCAAUCGCUUGAAGAUGGUCCCCAGAAGACUGCCCUCAUGGCUGUGUUGGAAGCUGCUACCGUGAACCAGCAGGUGGAGUCAGAGGCACCAUCGGCCCCUGAGAUUGCGCCUUCGCCUACGGAAUCACCAUCGCUCACGGUUCCAGACACCAUGCCUGCAGCUGCACAGAUGGAGCUGGCCAGGAAAGACACGACACAGCUGGAGGCAGAUGCUCAGCGAGCCCUUCGUGAGAAAUGGGGUGACGAUCCUGAUGUUGUCUUUCCGCCAGAAGGUGGUAUCAAGUUCAUUGGGCCCAAGGGUAGAGAGGAAAGCGAUUUCCUCCAGCCUGGCGAAGACUGGAUGAAUAGCAGUUUGAACCUUUCAAUGACUCGCUCAUCAACUGCGAGAGCCAAAGGGAAACAUGUUCUGAUGCCUUUCCUAGAGGUAAAGAAAAAGUUCGGACAGGCUAUCGCUACAUCAAUUCUCCAGGAAAAGAAAGGCUUGGAAGCUAACAAAAGCAAAAGCGACAACACCGUGUAUUUCAUGCAACAUCCAGAUGCUCCUGGAAAUGAAUGGAGCCUCAUCCGCGUUUGGGAUGCUAUGGAGUAUGAGGAGGAAAAGACCGAUGCCCUGACUAUGGCUUGGGAAGCCUCUGGGGCUAUGGACAGGGCCCAAACCAAAACUCUUCUGACCGAAGUGCUGGUCAAUGGCUUCAAGGCCGAGCUGGAGCAGCGGUUGGGUGAUAUCAAAAAAUGCAGGGUGGAGCUUGAGCGCUUGUUUGCUCUCCGUAUCGAUGAUGAGGCCAUUGAUCGGCCCGAAAACUCCCAGAACAAGGACCCACCCAAGCCGAAGAGCAAAGCGAAAGCCAAGGGGCUGCCGGCUCCACCGAAUGCUGUUGACCUCGUGCUGCGGCGUGGUGUUUGCAAGGAAAGUUCCUUUGCAAAAACCCAAAAGGUUCUGAAGUACGUUGAUAAGGACUUGUUGCUGGGGUGGACCUUGGUGCUUAGUUCUGAGUUCAAGCUUCAUGGAGUCGAACUUCAGGGCCCCUGCAAGGCCUUGCAGCAAGCUGGAUGUGGUGGCAAGUUCACCUCCAACGUACAGAGGGACAUCUUGAGGAAGGUUGCCAAGGCCGACCCAAAGCAGGCCAUGAUGAUCUGUAGUUUCUUCAAUGCAAGCUCUUCACAGCGAUGGUGCCACCCUGGACCCAGCAAAGCCAAAGGCCCUCUGCUGGAGCUACCUGGCUUCGCCAUGGAAAUGGUCAAGUGGGAUUCGAUGCACAUCGUGAAUUUAGGAUGCGACUUGUGGAUUUGUGGGUCCGUCAUGAAAAAGCUGUUGGAAUAUGAUGAUGCGUUUGGUGGCUUAGCCCUUGAUGAAGAGGAUAGACUACUGAUUGCGUAUGAUUCCUUCAAGUUGUGGGCAAGGAAAAACAAAGUGCAGAAACUUGUCCCACAUUUUGUGGAAGCUUUCUUUUGGGAUGUAUGGGGGUGA